AAGGAAAGAAGAGGGAGGCGGAGCCAUUUCCGGUCGGCUUCUCUCUAUGGUCAUGGAAGCCUCUGUAGAAGACCGGAAGCGGAGGUGGAUUCGGGCCGGGGGCGCGACCAUCAUGGCGGUCCUCGGGGGCUAAAAGGGGAAAAGCUGGCCGUCGUUCGGGCGGGGAGGUCGUGCCGGUGAAUCGCUUUCCCUCGCUUGGGUGGCGCGCGAGAGCUUUCGCAAGUCUCCCGUCGGUCCCCGUCCAGAAGCUCGGGACUGCAACGCCAAUUGUCCGCUAUCCUAGGGGAUCCAUAUGGCUGUGGAUGAUGGGAGAUGAGUCCAGUGCUUUCGGACAGGAUUCAUAACACUGGGGGCACAUUUUACUGCAAAUUUCCUGCCUCUUUAAGAAGACAGAACAAAUACCUUGGUGCUUUUCAGAUGUCUUCAUAAUUCUUUGAUACAGUGAGAUAAGCUUGGAUAUAAAAAACAAACGAACACCAGCCAUGAACUAAAGUGGGCAGCCCGUAUUGUUGGACAAAUAUUGUAUUUCUUGGUUACCUGUUAAGCUGAAAAUGAACUGAAUUCUCCAAGAAGGAGCCCAGCCAUGGAUGAGGAGAGCUUGGAAACAGCCAUUCAGACUUACAAUGCUCAGUUGGAGCAAGUGGACCUGGCUUUAGGUGCUGGGCUGGACCCAACACAACAGGCUGAUCUAAUCCAGCUGCAGGCUGAUUUAAGGCAGCUGAUCGAACUGACUGAAGCCAGCCUCCUGUCGGUGAAAAAAAGCAAGCUUUGCUCAACUUUGGACCCGGAGGUGCUUUCCACGCCUUCAUCCACUCAUCCUCAACAGAGCCCUGGAGAAGCUGGCCAUCCAAACACCGAUGACGAAUAUGCUGCUUUUAAGGAAGCCAUUGCACAAAUAGACGAAGAGGAUGGUCCAUUCACAACGCAGGAGGACGGAGAUGGAACGGGUGAUGAAGAGGAAGAACAGGAGGAAGAGGAGGAGGAGGAGGAAGAAAUAGCUAGUGGAAUGAAAGUGAAAGCUCCUUACUACAGUUCCUGGGGAACCCUGGAGUACCACAAUGCUAUGAUCGUAGGUAGUGAGUGCUUGGAAGAUGGAGGGCCCGGAGUUAGAGUGCUCUACCUCUACCCAACUCACAAGUCUUUAAAGCCGUGCCCCUUUUUCCUGGAUGACAAGUGUCGAUUUAAAGAGAAUUGCCGGUUUUCCCACGGGCAGGUGGUAUCCAUUGAGGAACUGCAUCCCUUUGAAGAGCCGGACCUCAGUGGUCUAGCUGUGGGUUCGGCCUGCCUGGCGAGGCACCAGGAUGGGAUCUGGUAUGCUGCUAAAAUCACAGACAUUGACAACGGUUACUACACGGUGAAAUUUGACUCGCUGCUCCUGAAGGAGGCAAUGGUGGAAGGGGACGGGGUCAUCCCUCCACUCCGUAGUGAGGAGACCUCUUCUUCCUCAGAGUCCGAAGGCGAUGAGUUGGAUAGCGCUGGGUACGCUAAAGUCGUUGAUUGCAGCAUCACGGAGAACGGAGAAGGGACGUCCACUUGCCUUUCGUCCUUCGGCAGCUGGGAAGCCCACACCCGCGGCAUUGGCUCCAAACUUAUGGCUCAGAUGGGUUACGAACUUGGUAAAGGUCUGGGCAAAAAUUCAGAGGGUAGGGUUGAGCCGGUAUUGGCCGUCGUGCUCCCCAAGGGGAAAUCGCUGGACCAGUGCGCGGAGAUCCUGCAGAGGAAGAAGGAGGGGAAGUCGGAUCCAUCCAAGGCCAGGAAACGGAGGGCGAAAGGAAAGAACGCGGCCCGGCUCCGGCAGCAGAAGCCGAAGCCGCGUAACGUCUUUGAUUUUCUGAACGAGAAGCUUCAGGGCCAGGAUGCUGAUGGGCAGCUGGCAGGGACGCUCCCCCCCCUGGAGAGGACCAGCAAAGAGCUCUACCACGCCAGCAAGACCACCAAGAAGGCGCUCAGCGUCCGCCUCUUCCAGACCGUGGAAAAAAUCGAGCAGACCCAGAGGGACAUACGGGGGAUCCGCGAGGCCUUGGCGCGCAACGUGGGGCGGCACACGGUGGCCACAGCGAAGCUGGAAGAGAAGCUGUCGGGGGCCCACAAGAAGCUGGGCGAGCUGCGGGUUUUGGAGGCGAGCCUGCAGCAAGAGCAGAAGAAAGCCGACACGCACAAAAAGAUGACCGAGUUCUAGGUUUUUGCCCCUCAGGUGCCUGUGAAAAAGGGAUUAUUUCAGUUCAAGAUGGCUGCAGAGGAGCUGCUACAUGGAAACUAGUUCCUGUCUUCUUGGAUCCCCUUCUCUCCCGUUGGAUUUGAACUGGGGGGCACGGAAGGUGGACCACUUUGCUUUUUCCCUUCAGAGAAAACCUCCCCAAAUAUCCACAGCAGAUUCAGAUCUGAUGUGGUUGGUGGGGAAGGUUUUCCGCUGUGACGGGCGUGAGCAAUUGCGGCAGUGUUACGAGCCGUGGACUUCAACUCCCAGAAUUCCUAAGCCAGCCCUGUUUAAAAGUUGCCCAUCCCUUUGCUGGGUUGUGCCCAUUUUUUGGGGGGGGGGAGUGUUCUUGACUUCUCUGGGACUGCUUGGUGGCCUCUUUUUCUCCCCUCUUAGCCUGGAGAACAGAGAGAAAUAAAGUGAGGAAAAACCC